GCCAGGCUCUCGGGCGGUCCAUCCCCUCUGCCCGCCUCUGCCCAGCCCCGUGCCCCCGGGGCGGGCCGGGGGUGCCAUGCCCCAGGAGCGGCCCGGCGGCGAUGCUGCCCGGCCCCGUCGGAGCGGCGUAGACUCCCCCUCCCUCCACCCUCCCCCCGAGCUGGGGGUGGGGAGGGGGCACCUGGGGAAGAAGGCAUGAGACUCCGUCUUGGCCCUGCGCAAAUGCCCGUGGAGGAUGCCCAGGGGGGCCCGGGACGGGCCGAAGCUUUUUCUGCAGGGUGCCGGUCAGCUCCCACUCCCGGACCGGCCGCCUAGCUGCUGGGGGACGCCCCCCUCCCCAUUCCCCAUCCCCUUGGAUCUUGCUCCCCUCCUCCUCCUCCCUCCCCCCAAUCUUCCAGAAUACCAUGAAGAAUUAUGAGGAUGUGUGACCGAAGUAUCCAGAUGUUGAUCACCACCGUGGGAGCCUUCGCCGCCUUUAGCCUCAUGACCAUUGCCGUGGGCACAGACUACUGGUUGUAUUCCCGAGGCGUGUGCAGGACUAAAUCUACAAGUGACAAUGAGACCAGUAGGAAGAACGAGGAAGUCCUGACCCACUCCGGGCUCUGGAGGACCUGCUGCCUGGAAGGAACUUUUCGAGGAGUGUGUAAGAAAAUUGAUCACUUCCCUGAAGAUGCUGAUUAUGAACAAGACACCGCUGAGUAUUUGCUGCGGGCCGUGAGAGCAUCCAGCAUCUUCCCCAUCCUGAGCGUGGGGCUGCUGUUCUUCGGGGGUCUGUGCGUGGCCGCCAGCGAAUUCUACAAGAGCAAGCACAACGUCAUCCUCAGCGCCGGGAUCUUUUUUGUAUCCGCAGGUUUAAGCAACAUUAUCGGAAUUAUAGUCUAUAUAUCAGCGAACGCGGGCGACCCCGGACAAAGCGACUCAAAGAAAAGUUACUCUUACGGCUGGUCCUUCUACUUUGGAGCCUUAUCCUUCAUCAUCGCCGAGAUGGUGGGCGUCAUCGCUGUGCACAUUUACAUAGAGAAGCACAGGCAGAUCCGAGCCAAAUCCCACUCUGAGCUGCUGAAGAAAUCCACCUUCGCCCGCCUCCCCACGUACAGAUACAGAUUCCGAAGGCGAUCGAGCUCCCGCUCCACGGAGCCCCGGUCCCGGGAUCUGUCCCCCAUCGGAAAAGGUUUCCACGCCAUCCCUUCCACUGACAUCUCCAUGUUCACCCUCUCCCGGGACCCCUCCAAGGUCACCAUGGGGACCCUACUCAGCUCGGAGCGGGACCACACUUUUUUACAAAUCCACAACUCCAUCCCCAAAGAGUUCAAGGAAUCAUUGCACAACAAUCCCGCCAACAGGCGCACUACGCCCGUGUGAACUCAACUCUGCCCGGGGGGUGGGGGCUCCGCACCCAGCGGACCCCUCUCCCAGCCCUCCCCACGCUGACCUCUUCUGGGGGGGGCAGGGGAACGAGGGGAAGUGUACAGAGUGUCCUUCAGGUUGCAUGACAUGAACCUAGUGGUGGUAUUACCAGUGAAACCCCUGUUUAUAAAGACCAAAAGCAAAUGAUCCCUCCCCUACUGUCCUGCCCCCACCCUCCAAACCCCGUCUCUGUGGUGUCCGACUUUCCCAGACUCCAUUGCAGCAGGUCAACCUGGUCAUUUGGUCAGGACGUGUCUCAGCUUCGGACAUCCCCUCAGUCAUCAGCUGGAGAGGGACCUUGGCACUUGCCUCCCUUGCCACACGAUGACCUAGCCGAGCCCCAGAGGGGAGAUUUUCUGACCAACCAGCGUGUCAGACAGGGACUUUCCAAGGCCAUCCUCCUGCCCCCCUUCACGUCGAUACUUCCCUUGUGCCCCCAAGUUGUACGUCCACCAUCCGCACCUCUGGAGACGGAGGACCGAGUGAAUCCUUAACCCAAUAGCUACGUGUUACAAGAAAUCACCUAGAAACCAAGAAUGUAAAAGCAACGAAGCAGCUAACGUCAUGAGCUCUCGUGUUAUUAAAAAAUUUGCCUUGUUGUAAC